AGGCGAACCGAUACCGAGAUGAAGCUACAAGAACAAGUAACAUCAUCCGUGCAUCGUCUAACUAUCAAUCGGACCCUGUCAGUGAGAGAUUAUGUUCACUAUCAAGGUGCUCGUGGCGGUCGUGCUCUGUACGACAGGGACACUCUCAGCCCCCCAACGACCAUCGAGCGGCGCCGACAAGGAUGCUGUGAUCACAUCACAACAGCUCGAAGUUAACUUCGACGGGAACUACAUCAAUAACUUCGAGACGAGCAAUGGGAUUUCGCACCAGGAAAGCGGCCAGCCGAAACAAGUGGACAAUGAGACGCCAGUAGUGUCGCAGGGGUCCGAUUCGUACACGGCGCCCGAUGGCCAACAGGUGAGCAUCACAUACGUCGCGGACGAGAACGGGUUCCAAGUCCAGGGCUCGCACAUCCCCACGGCGCCGCCUAUACCUCCGGAGAUUCAAAGGGCGCUCGAAUGGAACGCGGCGCACCCGGAAGAGGACGACGGCGGUCAGCCCAGACCACCCCCUGGCAGAGGUAAAUGAGCCACUCGCACCUCGAACGUGACCUGAUUUACCCGAGCCAGCUUGCCAUGGACAGAAACCGACCCUGAACCUCCGAUCAACCAUAAAAAUGAAUAAACGAAUAAACACAAAUAAUAGCGUGGUAUAUUAAUCUAAAUAGACUCUUCGUUACAGAUAACUAUAAAUGAAAAAAAAAAAAUACACUGUUAGGCCGCGAGCCAGCCGG